ACGUGUGACUGUCAUGGUUGCCUCCAUGAUGAACAUGGCACCGAUAUGUUAUUCAAUCAAAUAUCAGUAUUCACAAAUAUUUGCCACAUUAUUCAACCAAGUGUAGUUGGACAUAAGAAGACUACACCAUCUCCGUCGUGAGUGUAUUUGUCAACAUUACUAACAGAGCAAUGGCACUGGUGUGCAUACGUCUGGUUGUGCGGCAAAGAUGUCCCGUGCUCAGCCGGGGAUACGCCACACCAAGCAGUGCCCCAAGGAGGAGGGAGACAAAAUCAGACAAGCCAGUCUUCCAGUACGUCGGUGACCACAGAAAACCAAAAGACAAAGUUUUCGUGUGGGGAUUUAGUUUCACCGGAGCGUUAGGUGUACCCAGCUUUGUAGUCCCUGACAGUGGAAGGAAAAGGCCCAGAAAGUACCAACUGACACCUUACCGUUUAGACACAGCAGAGAAGAUCUCAUCAGCUGCUUGUGGAUACGGCUUCACAUUGCUGGCAUCCUCCACAUCAGAUGUCUUGAAACUAUGGGGAAUGGGUUUAAACACUGACUCUCAGCUUGGAUAUCAGCGUACUCAACAUGAUAAAGAUAAAAGUUAUGAGUAUGUGCUGGAGCCUUCACCUGUGUCUCUGCCGCUGGCCAAGCCCCAAGAGACGCGCAUCGUCCAAGUAUCCUGUGGGCGAGCUCACUCUCUAGUACUGACGGAUUCAGAAGGAGUGUUUAGCAUGGGAAAUAAUGCAUACGGGCAGUGUGGACGACAGAUUGUUGAAGACGAAGUUUAUGGUGGCAGCCAUAUUGUACAUAAAAUCGAGGGCUUUGACAGUAAAAUCACCCAGGUGGCCUGUGGGCAGGACCACAGUCUCUUCCUGGCGGAGAGCGGGGCGGUGUACGCCUGUGGCUGGGGAGCAGAUGGACAAACAGGUAGCUACAGAGGUCUUGGCCACUACAACAAAUCCCCGUGUCCAGUGACGCUCACGGGUGACCUUGAAGGGUUGAAGGUCCAGCAGGUGACCACUUACGGGGACUGCAGUCUCGCCGUGUCAGAGGACGGACACCUCUUCGGCUGGGGCAACUCUGAAUACCUGCAGCUGGCCUCUGUCACAGAGGGCACGCAGAUAAGCUCUCCUCGGCAGCUUCCUCUCCAGGGGGUCGGCAGAGUGCAGCAGGCCGCUUGUGGGGGAACGCAGGUGGCCAUACUCAAUGAUGAGGGUGAAGUGUUUGUGUGGGGUUUUGGCAUUCUUGGAAAGGGUCCCAAUCUGUCAGAGACCUCCACCCCCGAGAAGCUUCCACAGACCCUCUUUGGCCAAUCAGAGUACAACCCUGAUGUGAGGGUGACCCGCAUCCAUUGUGGACUGAACCAUUUCGCUGCCAUUACAAACCUUGGUGAACUUUUUGUGUGGGGUAAGAACGUCAGAGGAUGUUUGGGCAUCGGAAGGCCAGAUGAUCAGUAUUUUCCAUGGCGGGUGACGGUGCCGGGCCGUGUUGUGGAUGUAGCAUGUGGUGUGGACCACAUGGUGGCCAUGGUGAAGUCUUUGAUCUGACGGAGGACACAUGGACAGAGACCUCGGAUGUUAUCCCUCUCCAUCGCUCCUGGAUCUUUUUUUUUUGUUUCGUUUUGGUAUGCUUUGUGCACACCCUUCGUCAAGCAAAGAGGGGGGUGGCAUACCAGACAAUAUUACCUCUCUCGACAUCCGUCCAUCUGGAGGUGGAGCUGGUGAAACGUCACGUUGUUUGGACAUUUUGGGAAACAAACACAGCUUGGACCGCAUUUGGAAAAUUACAGUGGCAGACAUAUCAGUGAGGACCGCUUAUACAGAGCUGUGGAGAAUAAUUGGGAACAUUGUUUUGGGGGAGCUUGUUAUUCCCUGAAUCAUGUGAGGAAAAUAUGUAGAAAAUUAAUGUCAGUUACACAACUCGUUUUAUAAUGUGUUCAAUGAUUAAGUUAUAAAUAAAUUAUAUUGUUAUGGAUGUAUAAAUAAUUUGUUGCGUGUGAUAAGCAGAAACAUUAUUCAUUGCCAUCUUGGCUUCUUGACAUAAUCACCGCUUCUGUGAUGCUACCUUACAUACAUGUGAAUGUUUGUGGUAGAACAACCACAUCAAUGUUGAAGGUGUUGUUUUCUUUUUAAUUCCAACCCCAAAGGUUCCUUUUGCCCUUAAAUGUGCACAUAAUGAUAAAGCAAAAUGUUUCUGGUUAUAAGGUUACUUUCCUUAGGGAAGCCUUAAUCCCUACUUCAGUCUGAGCCCCA